AUGGAACAACAUUUUCCUACCAGACCUGUAGAUCGUGAAAAAGCAGAACACGACCUAGCACUCAAUAUAAAAAAAGCCACCAGUCCUGAAGAAACUGCUCCAAAACAAAAACAUGUUCGAAAAUGUAUAGUCUAUACAUGGGAUUACCACACUUCCGAAUCAAUUUGGACCGGACUUAAAGUUCAACCAAUAAUUGCUGACGAAGUACAAACAUUUAAAGCAUUAAUUGCUGUACAUAAAAUAAUCCGAGGCGGUCAUCCGAUUACAUUAAAACAAGCUCAAAAUCAAACACAUUGGCUAGAGACUUGUGCAAGAUCUGUAGUUAAUGGUGCUACUCGAGGUUAUGGAACACUUAUUCGUGCAUAUGUAGAUUUUUUAAAAACUAAGUUGGGUUAUCAUAAAAUUCAUCCAGAAUUUAAUGGAAAUUUUGAUUAUGAGGAUUAUGUUAGUUUAAAAAAUGUCGAUGAUCCUAAUGAAGGAUAUGAGACAAUAAAUGAUUUGAUGAAUUUGCAAGAUCAAAUUGAUCAAUUUCAAAAAUUGAUUUUUGUACAAUUUCGUCCAUCAUCUAACAAUGAAUGUAGAAUAGCUGCUCUUGUUCCAUUAGUGGAAGAAAGCUAUGGUAUUUAUAAAUUUUUAACCAGCAUGCUUAAAGCUAUGCAUCAGCAUACAGACGCUGUUGACGCCUUAACGCCCCUUCGUACCAGAUAUAAUGCACAACAUUAUGCUUUAUUAAAAUUUUAUUAUGAAUGUUCAAACUUAAAAUAUUUAACCAGUUUAAUUAGUGUGCCAAAAUUACAACAGGAUCCUCCAAGUUUAAUUGAUGGCGGUGCUCCAUCAUCAUUGCCAAAACGUGUACAGUCAAAAUCACCAGCUCCAUCAACAACUUCAGAGCCAGAAACAGUGGCAGAAAUAUUGAAAGAAAAUGAAAGACAGCAGCAUGAAUUGGAAAGACAACGACAUUUGGUUGAAGAAAAAACAAAGAGAAGAAAAUUUUCAUGA